AUGGUUUCGGCGUGGUUCUUGACUAAGGUCUUGGUGGCUUUUACGCCACUGACGACGGUUGUUUACGCGCAGUACAACACCACAACCGAUCUUCCUUUGCUGCUGGAUGCUACGGGAGAUGAGUUGGUUGCUGGCCUUGAGGCUGGAGCCUUCACAAGCUUGGAUCUAGUUCAGGCUUAUGUUGGACGCAUCAUCGAAGUCAACAAGACGCUUCACAUGGUGUUGGAAAUCAACCCGGAUGCUUGGACUAUCGCGAAGGAACUAGAUGAAGAGCGCGCCUGUGGAAAGCUUCGAGGCCCUCUCCAUGGCCUCCCGAUUCUUAUCAAGGAUAACAUCGCAACUGAUGAUGAGAUGAACAACACUGCCGGGUCUUGGUCGCUGAUGGGCGCUAAAGUUCCACGCGAUUCUACGAUCGCUGCCAAACUCAGGGAAGCUGGUGCCAUCAUUCUUGGCAAGACCAAUCUCUCCCAGUGGGCCAACUAUCGUUCCUCGAACUCCUCAAAUGGAUGGUCUGCCCGAGGUGGUCAGACGUACGGCGCGUACUAUCCUGGUCAAGAUCCCAGUGGCAGUAGCAGUGGUAGUGGUGUCGCAGCCAGUCUUGGACUCGCCUUUGGUACUCUAGGUUCGGAAACAGACGGCUCCAUCAUCUCUCCCAGUCAACUCAACAACGUCGUUGGUAUCAAACCGACUGUCGGUCUGACAAGUCGAGCUCUGGUCAUUCCCAUUUCUGAACAUCAAGAUACUGUUGGACCGAUGACCCGCACGGUCAAAGAUGCGGCGUAUAUCCUUCAAGCCAUCUCUGGACCUGACAGUGCUGAUAACUAUACGUUAGCUAUUCCGUGGGCGAGCAACACCACAAAUGUGACCAAGCCUGACUACGUUGCUGCCUGCACCCUGGAUGCUUUGGAAGGAAAGCGCAUCGGAGUACCGCGCAACGCUAUUGGCACGCCCGACAGCUCUUCAGCACCCCUGUAUGCUGCUUUCGAAGCCGCUCUCGACGUUCUUCGCUCUGCUGGCGCGAUCAUUGUCGAUAACACCAACUACACCGCCUGGGAACAGUAUCUGGAAUCCAACGCUGAAGGUAUCGUUCUCGAUGGUGACUUUGUCCCCAACCUAGCGCAUUACCUCUCGCAACUUACAUACAACCCCAACGACGUCCAAGAUCUGGAAGACGUUCGCAAUUUCACACAGCACUUCCCUGCCGAGGACUAUCCAGACAGAGACACGGCGCAAUUUGACAGCUCAAUUGCCCAAUCGCAAAACUUCUCAAACACCGACAUCGAGUUCUGGAAUGCUUUGCAACAAGAUUAUUACCUCGGUGGUGAAGGUGGUCUCCUCGGUGCACUCGCAACAUACAACCUCGAUGCUGUUGUUGUUCCCUCGGACUAUGCCUCUGGUAUCUCCGCCAUUAUUGGUGGACCCGUGGUCACCAUCCCGCUUGGUGCGCUACCGUCCAACACGACAGUUAUCACAAACCGGCGAGGUGAUUUGAACGCUACUGCACCGAACAUCCCAUUUGGUAUCUCUUUUGCCGGUGCGCUGUGGAGUGAGGAGAGUUUGAUCGGGUUCGCGUAUGCGUUUGAACAAAGGACCAUGGUGCGGACGAAGGUUAAGCCGUAUAUCCAACCGAGUAUCGAGAUUGAGAACGGCUCUGGACAAGUCGGCUCACAUAUUCUCACUCACCUGCUUGGUACCUCAAAGCAUCAAGUCACAGUCCUAACCCGCCUCUCAAGCGACACCAGCUUCCCCAACAACGACAACCUCACCGUCACCAAAGUCGACUACGACAACGACGAUGCCUUGACAGAAGCACUGAGCAACCAUGAAUUCCUCAUCAUUACCCUCAGCGCCCGCACUCCUAACACUCUGCACCCGCGCAUCGUCGCCGCUGCAGCCAAAGCUGGGGUACGCUGGAUCAUGCCGAAUUACUUUGGCUACGGUAUCAACGAUCGGAAGCUCAAAGGACGAGACCAGCUAGCUAAUUUCGAGCGGUUCAUCGAGGAUGUUGAGAAGACGCCAGGUGCUGACUACGUAGCGCUUGUGUGUGGCUUCUGGUAUGAGUUUAGUCUGGCCAUGGGGGAACCUUGGUUGGGAUUCCGGAUCAGGGAGAGGAGCGUGACAAUGUAUGAUCAGGGGGAGAAGAAGAUUAGUAUGAGUACAUGGGACGCGUGCGGCAGGGCUGUUGCGGGUCUGUUGUCGCUUCCUGUCAAAGCAGAUGCGACGGAAGAUGGUGUUGGACUGGAAGCUUGGAGGAAUCAAGGGUUGUAUAUUUCUUCCUUCCUUGUUUCUCAAAGGGAUAUCUUGGAGAGUUUGCAUCGCGUGCUGGGUACCACGGAUGAAGACUGGAAGAUCAGGUUUGAACCUGUCGAGAAGAGGCUGGAAGAUGGUAAGAAGGACUUCAAAGAGGGGAAGAUGUUGGGGUUUGCUAAGGCGCUUUAUGCAGAGGUAUUCGCGUGCGAGUGGGGUAAUUACCAGACAGGACGCGAACUGGAUAACGAGAAGGUGGCAUUGGAGAAGGAGGAUUUGGAUGAAGCUACCAGAAGGGCGGUGGAGAUGGCUAUGGGUCCUAUGGGGGACAUCGAGGGCCGGUUCAGCUGA